AUGGCCGCCCUCCAUUCUAACUGGAAAUUAGCGAAGUUUGUAUUAACUUUAUUGCGCAUGCUCAGGAAAACACCCGCGCUCUGCUGUCUCCGGAAGACCGCGGCGCCAUCUUCGGCGGGGUUCGGCUGCACUCGGUGGUUUCCGUGGGCGAGAGUCGCGUCGAGUGAUCGCGGAGCCCUCGGCUAUUUCCGGAUUGGGUCGUUUUUUUCCGGCUCCGGUGUACGGCUUUCCGAUUGCGGGUCCGGACGGUUUCGGACGAAGGUUCUCGUGCGUUUCCGGAAAUCGUGUUCGGCUAUUUCCGAUGGAUGAAAGUCAAGCUACUCGGCUCGGGCUUUCAGAAGCCGCCGCGGCUGUGGCUGCAGUGGCGGCGGCUGUGAGAGACGGCCCGGAGGUCACCUCGGUUACUGUCAUGACUGGGCCUGAAGGCAGAAACGCAGCAGGAAACGGGUACACAGGUGAGAGCUGAUGCAAUACUCACAAGGACCCGCUAGAUGGCGCUCUCAUAAUCCCUGACAUGCCCUCUAGAGGGCAGUGUUUACUACCUGGCAUCAAGUUUACAGAAAGUAUUGAGACCCCCUCACUUAUUUAUUUUUAAUGUUGCUGCCUUAUUUACAUUUAUUUUGUCACAUAAAUGUUCAGUCAGUAUCCAAUAAUGUCAAAGAAAUAACAGAUUUUUGAAAACUUACCAAAUUUAUAAAAACAAAACAAACAAAAAAAACCUGAAAUGUCACAUUGACAUAAGUAUUCAAACCCCUUUUGCUAAAACGCUUUCAAUUAAGCUCCGACGCAUAGGUGCCAAACAGUCCAGAUUUUGUCUAUACAGUUACACAUUUUGCAGUAAUGUCUAAGCACAUUUUGGUCCUGGAGAUGUCUGGCAUUGUGUAAUCUGCCGGUGUUCUAUCAAAUUGAUAGAACACCGGCAGAUUUCAGAAUUCAAGAGGGGAUCCGGCAUUAGGACCAUACAUGGAGCGCUUUAGAAGUGCACCGUGCAUGGUCUGCAGGAGGAGGCAAGGCUGGUCACCCUCUUUAGGGACAAACACAUGCCUCCCAGUUGUCACACUUUAGGGGUACUGCCCCACCGUCCUGCUUUAGAUCCUAGCGUCCCACGUUUUGGGGACAUCAAGGAACUAUCCCUGGGCAACACAGUCUAACGAUGCACUUGCGCUGUGUAGCGGGCACUGAGGGCCAUGUAAAAAGCGCUUUAGCAGCACUGUCUGCAUGGUUCUCUAUGCAGGGAGCUGGCCUGGAGGCUUACUUUCAAACAACCUUCCUGCCACAAUCUCAUUAGAGUGGUGGGUUUUACACUUCCGUAAGACCCACCUCUGGUCCGCCGGAAUGUCCUCUCACUCAGUUUCUAUACUACCUAGCUAGCGCAGGUAGUGCAGGCUAGGGAGUUUUCAUAGCAACUACAGUGCAUGCGCUGUUGUUGCUAUGAGUGGGAAGCAGAAGUACCUCCUGUGGUGGAAGAAAAAAAUAUUUUUAAACAGAUUUUUCUCCCAAUUUAUACAUUUGCUAGUAAAACCACUAGUACGCUGUAUAGAUGGAAUUUAGAGCUCUUUUGUAUAGAGCCAAAGUUGUUUUGCGCACUACAUUUUGCCAUUUCAAAUAGUGUUCAACCCCUGGAUUACACAAUUUAAUGAAUUUGUUUGGGGACUAAUACUAACACUUUAUUACAUGACUAAUCAUUAUUCUCUUGGUAAUUUGUUAAUGGUUCUAUUUUGUUGCAGGAAGUAGAGUCUUAUUCAGUGUAACCCAUUCCUGUCAUAGUUGUUUUACAGACUGUUGGUCACAGAUGCACCCUAGUGGUCAGCACUGCAUACUCCUGGUAUUAGUCCCUGUCCUUGGUGCUGAUAGGUGGGAAACACGCAAGUCUGCUAUUAACAAGUACAUAUAAGCAGUGCUGUGGAAUCAGUCAGAAGUAGUAAUUGAGUUACUGGAGCCUGAGUUGGUCAAAAUUAGGGAUUGACCUAUAUUGAUUUUUUUAGAGGCGAUACCGAUAAUCUGUGAACUUUCAGGCCGAUAGCCAAUAACUUACCGAUAACGAUAUUCUCUACAUUUACCAUUUUGAAAAAAGAAACCGUUUCUACACAAAUCUUCUGUUAACUGAACUUGUUUAUUAUUUAUUUAUUUUUGCAAAUUGUUUUUUUAACAAUUUGCACAAAAUAUUCAUGCCAAUCAGUUAUUUUUUAUGUUUUCAAGAAUAUUUAGUGUUCCUCUCCCAUCCUUUAGUGUACCUCUGCCCCAUCCCUGUGUUCCCCUCCUUAGUGUUCCUUCUCUCCGGGCCCUUGGUACCUCUCCCUCCAUGUCCCUUAGUGUUCCUCUCCCCCGUCCUUUAGUGUGCUUCCCCCACAUUAGUGGUUCUCUCCCCUCACUGGUGUGCCUCAUUACGUCUCUUGUAUCGUGGCCGAGUAGAGCGGACUGCGGUACUGGAGCUCUCAGUGAGCACUUCCUGUCAGUCCAGCCGGGUACAGGAAACUAAAGCUCCUGUACCGUGGUCCGCUCUGCUCUACACUCGACCACGCUACACAGGGUGACUGGUAGGGGGAGCGCUGUGUGCUUCCUUCCUGCCGGUCAUUUGAUUUUUGUGCCCAGAGCCGGUGCGGCCUUCUGUUCCGCUCUAAUGCGGCCUUCUGUUCCGCCUUAUGGACAUGCCAGCCCUGCGUGCGCUAGGCCACUGCCGUUUCCCACGUUAUCGGCAAUAUCGGUAUCAAUAGUGGCCGAUACCGAUAUUUGCCAAAAUCCGGAAAAUCGGCCAAUAAUAUUGGCCAACCUGAUAAUUGGUCUAUCCCUAGUAAAAAUGUACUAACUCAGACUAAAUGUAUAGUGUAUGCCUGCGUAUUAGUGAACCCGCAAAAAUUAGACUUUUUAUAUAAUGUUAGACCUAUAUUCUUUGGGUAAGUCGACCCCCCAAAAUCAUAUGUUUAUUCACACGCCGAGCUACACGGUUAAUUGUAAUAUAAUUAUACAGUAUAUAGGGACUCGGAGGUACCAUGAAUUGAGGAAUUGGAGUCAGGUUUUGUGUAUCGACUACAGAGUUCUGCAAAGAAUCUGCCUCAAGCUGGUUACCUAAGUUUAUGCAAAAGACACACUACAUUCACCAAAACAACUUUAGCUUAAUUAAGCCAUUUUUGUGUAUAGAUGAUGUCCCUGCAGUCUCACUGCUCAAUUCGCUGCCAUGUAGGAGUUAAAUCACUUUUGUUUCUGUUUAUACAGCCCUAGCCACACCUCCCCUGACUGUGACUGACACAGCCUGCAUAAAAACUAAAUGGUUUCACUUUCAAUCAGAUUUAACUUACUUUAAAAUUUAACUUACUCUCCUGCUUUGUAAAUUGAACUUUAACUACAUAGAUUAGGGUCCUGCAUAAACAACAUUAUUUAACUCAUAAAUGGCAGAGAAUUGAGCUGUGAGACUGCAGGGACAUGAUCUAUACAUCUAUAUAGAAACAUAGAAUGUGACGGCAGAUAAGAACCAUUCGGCCCAUCUAGUGCCUAUCCCAUGCACGCUUAAACUCCUGUUUAAGUGUUAACCUCUACCACUUCAGCUGGAAGGCUAUUCCAUGCAUCCACUACCCUCUCAGUAAAGUAAUACUUCCUAAUAUUUUUAAACUUUUGCACCUCUAAUUUAAGGUCCUCUUGUUGUGGUAGUUUUUCUUCUUUUAAAUAUAGUCUCCUCCUUUACUGUGUUGAUUCCCUUUAUGUAUUUAAAUGUUUCUAUAAUAUCCCCCCUGUAAAUGAAAGCUCUUCCUGGAUUUGAACCCAGGACCUCUCGCACGGGUAGGCAACCUACGGCACUAGUGCCCUGCACGGCACACAAGGCUGCUAGAGCCAAAACAGGCUCUGUCCUAUCAGGAGUCCCAGUAAAACUUCAGAUAUCUGCUAAUACGAAGAGGUGGUGAAGGACAAUCCUCAAUUUAUGCAUUGCAGCACAAGGAAGUGCUAGAUAUACAGAGAUCUGCAGAAUAACCCUCCCCUCAUACAAAUAAUACGAACAGCCCACACACAAACAUACAAUCCACACAAACUCAACACCACUGACAAUCCACAUACAUGCACACAACCCUACAUGCAGCCUCUCACAUGCAAUACCCCAAACAGCCCCUCAUAUACACAUCCUACCAAACACACAAUGUGACAUAUCCAUCCACACACACAAUUCAACAAGCAGCCCUCGCACACCGCCCACAUUCAUAUGUAUCAUACACGAUACCACAAACUACUAAUGAACAUAUACAAUAUAAUAGCUUAUAUACAGACAAAUACAAUGAUACAAAGCAACCACGGUAAAAAUAACACAAGCAGAAUACGGCAGCAUACACACCUCAAUUUAAAAAAAUAGGACUGGCACGCUACGGGACAUCACAAUCCUAUAUCGGCCCAGUGCUACUAAAAGGUUGCCUACCCCUGCCCUAGACCAACAAGCCAUUAACUUGUUUUGUCAUUAAGUUGUUUUGGUGACUAUAGUGUGCCUUUAAAAUACAUAAUUCAUUUCAUUUUUUUUAAAAUGGGAAUCCUCUGUUAUCCUGUGUGCCAUUCACUCUGUCAAAGCAUCAUGGGAGUUUUAAGUCUGCAACAGCUAUAGGGAGACAUACCCCUGAGUAUUCUGAGCUGAAGGCAGUAUUAAGCCUUUGGACAUCUCUUUAACUCUCUGUUCCCUUUCUUUAGAGGUUACAGUGUCCAGUGUUGGAGCCCCGGGAGAGAAUGUCUUCACAACUUCUGUGGCCAGCGCCGCCUCACUCUCUGAUCAUGUCCUUGUGAGUACUGUGUAGAGUUAAAAGCUUGUUAGAUCUCCACGCUGAGCCUUUGCCUAUUUAAUGUCAUUCCCAGGGAAAAAAGGAGCACAAAGGGCAUGUUUGUACUGGUACUUGUUAAAGGAGCAAUCUGUGCAUCAUAACCUUUUCAGUGAGAUAAUGUGGUUAUGGUUCCCCCAGCUUACCUUUAGCGAACAGUUUAACCCCAAAGUGUUAAAUCCAUCGCCUGAUUGGUUUGCCCACAAACAUUCACGCAGUCUGAGACUUGAAUCCGACAGGGAAACAGCUGACGCUUUCAGACCAUCAGCGGCAUCCAUAUCCAAGGCUUCCUGAUCCAAGCCUUGAACUGCUGCAGAUGUUCAUGGGCAGACCGAUUGGGCUCCAGAUUCAACACUAUAAUCCCUUGAGUUACACCAGUGACGAUGCCGAUUACGUUAUUAUGAUGCCCGAAGUGUCCCUUUAAUUGCUCAGAUGAGUCAGUGCUUUGGCUGCUGGGAGUGUAUAUAACACAAUUUUAAUUGUGAUAAUUGUUAUUCUUUUUGGGGAAACUUACAUAAUUUACUUAUACAUUAUAGAUGUAAUUUAUAUCAUUGUAGCGUAGUUUUUACGUAUUCCCCAUUUGGCACUUCAGAAGCAACAAGACACUAAUUGCAUUAUCAGACACACUUUCCGGUGAUUAAUUAAAGGAAAAAUCAGCCUGGGAUGUUAUUUUUUUUUUAUUUACAGAGGUAACAUUUGCAAGGGAUACAUACACAGGUUUAUUCAUUGAACAGCCUCAAACUAUAACUGACUUGGCUAUUUUAGCUAACCAUUUUAAGAUUCAUUUUGGAUCCCUGACUAUUUAAAUUACCCUGAAAACCUCUUUACUUGGCAGUAUCAGACAGAAGUAAAAGAUGCCAGAUUUUGUAUGUAUAUAUGCAGUGAUAGCUCAGUACUAUUAGCUUCAGCAAAUCAUAGACAUCCAAGGUCGAAUGGAUAGUGUAGUAGUAACCGGACAGAGGUGAGCUAUAGGUGCCGAGGGAACUACAGGUUUUUCUCAAACCUUUAGAAAAUGAUUUAAUGGAAACUGGUGGGAAUGCACCCAUAGACUUCUUGCACCAAAGACAUUGCAAUAAUGAAUGCUUCUGUUGGAAGAGAAGAACCCUUCCAAAAUAAAGUUAUUUAGAAGUGGUCAAAAUACGGAAAUACCACGGAUUGAGAGAAUAGACUUGUAGGAAAAUGUUUUUUUUUUUCCCUGGCACUAUAGCUCCCUAUAAUGCUCCUCUUCGUGGUGAUAAAGGGGUUAAAAAAAUCACUUAACUGAUUCCAGCACCGAUGUCCUUGGCACAGGCUCUGGCUCUCCCUCAGCUUCUCUGUCAUCUUCACCCAGCAGACUGGAGCUAAUGCGCAUGCGCGGCGAGCACAAUAUUCGCAUUUACUUCCCCAGAGGAAAGCAUUGGAUGUCCUCAUUCUGAGUGUGAGGACGUCCAGCGUCAGGUGACUAAAAGUCACUUAGCCAACCGGAAGUCCCUCUAGUGACUGUCUGGUAUAUAGCCACUAGAGGUGGAGUUAACCCUGCAAUGUAAUUAAUUCAGUUUAUCAAAAACUGCAAUAAUUGCAGGAAGUGGUCUGAAUGAGCUUAAGUGGUCUGGGUUCCUAUAGUGUCCCUUUAAGUUUGUCUACGCAGAGGCAUAGCAAGUUAACACGAGUCAAUCUCAAAUUAAGGAACUUGCGCAAAGGUCCAAGAUGAUCGAAGUUGAAAUGAAGUGCAAGAGUAUAUGGCUGUAGCUGGUAAGAUUGUGUAACUUAGUAAAACAUCACAGGAUAAACAAACCUAUAUGGAUACAAUUGACGCUUUAAUAGCAUAGCCGCCUGCCUGCCUUAAGGGAUGCCAGUUAGAGAAAAGUUCCAGUCAUUUGGGGAAUCCAUCCAUUCCAUAAAGCUCUGAGCCUUGCAUUGACAGUAUGGUACAAUAUUGUACAUUUGAAAUGAAUUACAUUAAAAUCAGCACUGCCCUGUACAAUGCAGCUGCUGUUUAAAGUAACACGAUUGGGUCAGAAUUACAUAUGUGCAUUCCUGACCAUUUUAGCUGCCUGGCCGUCCCUUGUGAAAUAAGUAGAAAACAUACAAUUUCUCCAGCACUGUGCUGGCAUCGCCCCUGAUCCACCUCCUUGGCUGAGAUCAUCAGAAUUAAUGUUCUCAGCCAAUCCAAUGCUUUCCCAUAGGAAUGCAUUGAGAGGCUAUAGCGCAUGCGCGGCAAAACGAUGUGCUGUGUCAAUCAGCAUCUCCUCAUAGAAAUAGAUUGAAUCAAUGCAUCUCUAUGAGGAAUGUUCAGCAUCUGCAUGCAAGGGGUGGAGACACUGAACGUCAGUGCAGCUCUGACCCAGUAAGCACCUCUUGUGGCCGUCUGAAUGAUUGCCACUAGAGGUGUCACUAGUCAGCUAGUCAGUCACUAGUCAGCAAUGUAAACACUACCUUUUUACUGAAAAGUCAGUGUUUACAUUAAAAUGCCUCCAGGGACAUACUAUAGACACCAGAACAACUACAUUCAGCUGUAACUGUUCUGGUGUAGUUUAAGAACGUCAUAUAGUAGGAAGAGGUUAGAGCUUAGAGAUUCAGGCACAGCCAAUGCACACAUUGCAAAUGAGAACACUAAAGAGAAAUAAUUGAGGAGAUUUAUCAAAAUAUUGUAUACUGAAAAGCGGUACAGAGAUGUAAAGGGUAGAACUAUGUCUGUGAAUGUGUAUGUUACAGUGAAAGUGUGUGUUGAAAUGACUGUGUAUGUCAGUAUGUGAGUGUAUGUCAGUGCUUGCAUCAGUGAGGGCGUGUGUCUGUCAGGAAGAGAAAUUUGGAAAAUGCAUAGGGCAGAACAAAACCAGAAUACACCAUUGACAACAGUGGGAUAGUAAAAAGUUAAUGGGCUCUGUGUGAAGGUCCCCCAUCGAGCACCAUUGAAAAUUUAACCAAGGGGCCCUGUGGAUAAAGUAUUUUGUGUGUGAUCUUUAAAAACAACCUUCCACACUUUUUACAGAUGAUUUGUUAUAAUUUCUAGGUGUAUCAGUUGGAUAAUACAGGCUAUAUUUCUUAUGCAGGGUGAAAGAACAUCUCUGCAAAUUGGGGACAGUCUGAGCACAGAGAAGGCCACUCUGAUUGUAGUGCACACAGAUGGGAGUAUUGUGGAAACGCAGGACCUUAAAGUGCCAUCAGCCCCCAUGACCCCAGGUAUGGAACAUCUAGCAGUAAUGUUGUUAUUGGGGGUGCAUGGAUUGAGUCAUGUUUUGGUUCACGUUACCAUAGCUGCUGGUUUUAGUUUCUCUAUGCCGUCAAUAGCACAGAGAUUAGUCACUAAACAGACUAUUGUGUUGAUUUAAAAAUCACAUUCUCAUGAGUUAGUUAUGCUAUAUUAACAGCAGUUAUUUUGGCCUACAUUGUGUGAUUUAAGUGUCAGUUCACUCUAGCUCUAUGCAUUUUGUUCUUGAUAGGAUCAGAAAGACCGUCCACGCCACUGACGCCUGGAUCUGGGAAAGAUGGCACUAAAUAUAACUGGGAUUCGUCUGUUUACGAAAAUGAGUUGCCUGUACGGUGUAGAAAUAUAAGUGGCAUCCUCUAUAAAAACCGUCUGGGAUCAAGUAAUGUACUUUCUUGCAGUUCUUAUUGGGGAAACCAUUAAACCGUUGCACAUAGAACAUAAUAGAUAGUCAUUGCUCACCCCCUAGAGCAGGGUUUUCCAAACUCCAUCCCUCCAGAUAAUGCUGAGCUACAAAUCCCAUAAUUCUCAUGCUAUCUAUUUCAUUCAUAGAGUCAUGGGAGUUGUAGUUCAGAAACAUUUGGAGGGCCAGAGUUUGGAGAAUCCUAGGACAGAAAUCAUAAACUUCCAAACUCCAACAUGCUAGGGUUGACACAGUAAGAGAGCCCGCUGCCUUAUUGUUGGUCUCUGAUCUAUUGUACAUUUAUUAAUUGUAUAUGUAUGUACAUAUAGGUGCUAAUGUUUGUACAUACAAUUGAUCCUUGUUGUUAUCAUAUAUUAUUCAUUUAAGUAAAUUGCUUUAUUUUGCUGCCAUAAUCUACUGGAAGGGUAUAAUCAGUAAUGAAAUAAAAUGUACAUGAUAAACAUCCCUUACACGUAUAUGCAAACACAGUUUGUUGAUGUUUUACAUGUGUUACUGCUUUCAGGUGGCAGAGGGCGCUGUGUGAAGCAUAUGGACAGUUGGUACACACCAACUGAGUUUGAAGCUAUGGCAGGCAGGGCAAGCAGCAAGGAUUGGAAGCGGAGUAUUCGGUACGCGGGGAGACCCCUGCAGUGUCUCAUUCAGGUCAGUGACUGAACAGCCAGGGUGUGAAUAACCCAAAAUGUUAUUACUAGAUUUUCUAGAAUAGAACUGUUAUAUACUUCUUCCUUAAAAAACAAAUGAUUUAUAACAGCGGUGCACACAAAUCAGUGGUAGUGCUUAAAUUCACUUUUUAUACAGUGCGUUUACAGGCUAUGUAAUUCCUUACAGGGAAACCAUCACAUUUCUGUGUUUACACAUACACUGAUCAGUCAUAACACGAAUAACAUUGAUUAUAUUGGUUUAAUGGCACCUGUCAAUGUGUGGGUUAAAUUAGGCAGCAAGUGAACACAGUCAGUUCUUGAAUUUCAUUUGUUGGAAGCAAGAAAAAUGGGCACAUAAAUAGUCUUGAAGUGAGUGGGUGUUCCCAUAAUGCAGUUGUUAGUGAGUACCAAAAGUGCUGUAAGGGAGGAAAACUGGUGAAUCAGCAUCAGGAUUGUAGGUGCCCAAGUCUCAUUGAUGCACAUGGGAAAAGAAGGCUAGCCUUUUCUGAUCUAAUGACACAGAAGAGCUCAAAUUGCCGAAAUGUUUCUGCUGACAAACUUUAUUGCUGGGAAACCUUGGGUCCUGGCAUUCAUGUGGAUGGUACUUUGACACAUACCAUCUACCUAUAGAUUGUUGCAGACCACGUACACCCUUUCAUGGCAGUGGCCUCUUACAGCAUGAUAAAGCACUCUGACACACUGCAAAAAAUGUUCAGGAAUGGUUUCAGAAACAUGACAAAGCAUUCAAGGUGUUUCCUUGGCCUUAAAUUCUCCAACCUGGCCCUGUAUGCUGGUAGGAACUCUGUAUCGUUGUAUGUAUCAAGGCAGGAGCUGUGUGUUUGUUUGCAUGCUGGUAGGAGCUGUGUAUCAUUGUAUGUAUACAGGUAGGAACUGUGUGUGAAUGUAUAUAUGCUGGUAGAAGUUGUGAGUGAUUGUAUGUAUAUAUGCUGGUAGGAGCUGUGUGUGUGAAUGUAUGUAUGCUGGUAGGAACUGUGUGUCGUUUGUAUACAGGUAGGAGCUGUGUGUGGAUGUUUGCAUGCUGUAGGAGCUGUGUGUCGUAUGUAUACAGGUAGGAGCUGUGUGUGAAUGUAUGUAUGCUGGUAGAAGCUGUGUGUGGAUGUUUGCAUGCUGUAGUAAACUGUGUGUCGUUGUAUGUAUACAGGUAGGAGCUGUGUGUGGAUGUAUGGAUGCUAGUAGGAGCUGUGUGUGAAUGUAUGCUGGUAGGAGCUGUGUGUGAAUGUAUGUAUACAGGUAGGAGCUGUGUGUGGAUGUUUGCAUGCUGUAGUAAACUGUGUGUCGUAUGUAUACAGGUAGGAGCUGUGUGUGGAUGUAUGUAUGCUAGUAGGAGCCGUGUGUGAAUGUAUACUGGUAGGAGCUGUGUGUGAAUGUAUGUAUACUGGUAGGAGCUGUGUGUGAAUGUAUGUAUGUUAGUAGGAGCUGUGUGUGAAUGUAUGUAUACUGGUAGGAGCUGUGUGUGAAUGUAUGUAUACAGGUAGGAGUUGUGUGUGGAUGUAUGUAUGCUGGUAGGAGCUGUGUGUGGAUGUAUGUAUGCUGGUAGGAGCUGUGUGUGUAUGUAUGUAUGCUGGUAGGAGCUGUGUGUGAAUGUAUGUAUUCUAGUAGGAGCUGUGUGUGAAUGUAUGCAUUCUAGUAGGAGCUGUGUGUGAAUGUAUGUAUGCUGGUAGGAGCUGUGUGUGGAUGUAUGUAUGCUGGUAGGAGCUGUGUGUGGAUGUAUGUAUGCUGGUAGGAGCUGUGUGUGGAUGUAUGUAUGCUGGUAGGAGCUGUGUGUGAAUGUAUAUGUUGGUUGGAGUUAGGUGUUUAGAAGAGUAUGGUAGUGGAAGCUAAAAGUGUCAAUCACAGAAAUGUCCAGUUGCUUACCUGUGUGUUUAAAAGUGUGGGUACUGGUUUAUUUUUAAAUUACUGCCUUUUCGAUGACAGUAAAGAAAGUAGCUGCAAAAAAUAAAAACUGACAUAUUUGACAUCAAUGUAAUAUCUUAGGAAGACGUUUUUACAUCUAAGAAGUUAUAUCCACCGCAGGUGCUCCAAUAUGGACUUUUUCAGAUCCAUUUGGCAUCAAAACAUAAAAUAAACUCUGCAACACAGCUUUAUAAUGAAAGCUAUUUUUUCAAACAGCCAAAUAAAUGCACCUGGCAGCAUUUCGACACCCAAGGCUUGACAAAGACACUUUGAUCAGGAAAGUCAGCAGCAGAAGAUGAAACCUCUGCAACACUGCUUCAAAGCUCUGCUCUGAGUCUAUUGAAAAGUGUUUCCAGACAGUCUGAAAUCUGCUUCAGAUCAUGGCUGGUGAUGACAAGAAUGAGCUUGUGCUAACCUUCUGUUUGCUACAGAACACAGGCUGAAUGGGAAAACUAAAGUAAACAUUGGCAGGUACCAAAACGUUUGCAGCAAUGAUUUUUAACCUUUUUGCGAAAAUAGCUCGGUUUUAUGUACAUUGAAUUAUCUUGUAUAAUAAGCUCAGUGACACUGUCAUACAAAAUAAACUAUAUUCUGCAGAUCGCCAGGAUCUUCGUUGUGUUAAAGGGAUUUUAUUGCAGUAGGGAAAGGCAGUUCUUCUACGAAAAACUAUUUAUUUCUUGAUUUACUUUGGACAUCUGUGUGCAGCCAUAGCGACUUGAUGCAUUGAAAGUAUCAUGGGUGGAAACACUGUCAUAGCUACGAGGAGUUGAAACCACCGACUUACAUUGAUGUGUGAAUUUUAUAUGCAUUAAUCUUUGACUGCACAGAUAAUAUAAUGAUGUUGGUGGCUAACUGCUCACAUACUUCUUGUAGGAUGGACUUUUGACUCCUCACGCUGCGUCCUGUACAUGUGCGGCUUGCUGUGAUGACCUCAGCUUGGUGAGUGACAUAGGACAUCUGAUGUGUCUUCUAGCUUUUGAUAUUAAACUAUAUAAUUAAGGGAAAACUCUCUCGGUAAUCAAACCAUUUAAUAGCAUUUUAACAACUUACUUGGGGUCUGCUGGGUGCUUGCUGCCACCUUCUUUGAAGACCAGAAGCUCUCAGCCUUUUGCUAGCCUGGAGGUACGGGGGUUAGCUCAUUGGUCGAGAGCAUUUGGCUGACACUGAGCUGACCUGCAUACCUUUCAUCUUUAUCCUCAGAGUAAGGUUACCAUAUUUUGAAUGUUUGGUUUGCAGGGCAAAUAUUACUUCAUCUUGAUGGCACCACGUGGAAAGUGCUGCCAAGCAGGGUGUAUAAUGAACAUGCUCUAGGAUUCCUCCUUGAGUAAAGGAACAUUAUAGGCACCACAACAACUUUAGCUUAAUAAAGCAGUUUUUAGUGCAUAGAUCAUGCACCUGCAGUCUCACUGCUUAAUUCUCUGCCAUUUAGGAGUUAAAUACAUUUUGUUUCUGUCCAUGUAACUCUAGUCACACCUCUCCUGGCUGUGACUCACAUAGCCUGCAUGAAAAAACCUCCAGAUGGUUUCAGUUUCAAUCAGAUGUGACCUUACUCUCCUGUUCUGUAAAUUUAACUUUAAUAACAUAAAGGAGACCCCUGCAGGGUCUAGAAAGCUAUUAACAAAGUGGGAGAUAAGAUAUUCUAAAUUAAACAGAAUUUGUAAUAAAGGAAGUGUAAACAUUAGAUCUCACUUUACAGGAAAUGUUUAGGAAGACUGUGUAACUCACAUACAGGGAGGUGUGGCUAGGGCUGUAUAAAUAAAGUGAUGUAACUCCUAAAUUGCAGAAAAUUGAGCAGUGGGAAUGUAGGGGAAUAACUUAAGCACCAAAACUGCUUAAUUAAGCUAAAGUUGUUUUGGUGACUAUAGUGUCACUUCACUGCCCAGAGCCAGACCAUCCUUAAGAGAGAUCCAAGAAAUGUAUCAGUAAAUAUUCUGUUCACUAUCCAUCUUUUCAUUGGCUGGCUAUGCUAAAAUUAACCUUUUCAGUUUUCAUCUCUCCAACAGAGUGGCCCUGUUCGCCUGUUUGUUCCCUACAAGCGUCGUAAAAAGGAGGGUGAAAUGCCAACUGUCCCUGCAAAAAAAGAAGCAAAGAACCUCACCCUCCUGCCCACCACAGCUGCGGCUACAUGUAAGGACUGCACGCACUAAGCAACAGGUUAAUGGCAUUGAGGUGUAUAAUGACUUUGAAAGUGUAAGACCAGAAUGACCUUUUUUCUAUGUCUUCAUCGUGUUCAUUAUCACUAGAUGAAAGGGGACACGAUGGGAUUUCUAAAGACUUGAAAAUAUGAAAAUGAAAUUUAAGCAGUUUGCCUUUAGGCAUUUCUAAUUUUAAGUUACAUAAAUAAUGUGACAUAAUUGAUGUUAAAUAGUCACAUUGCUCCUUGUACACUGAUCUAAAAUUAUAUUUUUCAGGGCACUGGCUUAAAGAAUAAUAAUAAUAAUAAAAAAAAAAAGCCCAAGCAGUUUUCCUGCAAUCUUUAUAAUAAAGGGUUAGCCCAACCAAAGUAUAGUCUUUUGCUAAAACACUAUUUAUUGUUAGAGUAACCCUUAACGGCAUGCCCCCGGCCCCCCAAAAAACAAAACCGAGAUCUAUGCAUGCUGAUGACCGAAGCCAUUAGCCUGUCGUUCAAACUGAAACAAUGCACAUACAGACUUAAAACACCAUGACUACUUUGAAAUACUGAAGUAGUCAUGGUACUUGGAAUAAUCCGUCAAGGGUUUAUGUUUAUCGAAAUAGUAAGUUCCUAAUACUCAGGGUAAGCCUAUCUGACUCGGAAAAUGAUUCCAGUUUCGCUGGAUUGGCCUUAAAGGGACACUACAGUUACCAGAACCAUUACAACUUUAUGUAAUGGCUCUAGGGCUUAUAACCUGUUCCCACAGGUUCAGCAACACGAACACUGCCUUUUACAUUAUUUACACUGCUGCCUACGGUCACCUCUAGUGGCUCUCUCUCCAACAGCCACUAGAGGUGCUUCCUGGGUUCAGUCUCUACAUGGAAAUGCUGAACGCUCCCAAUAGAGAUGCAUUGAUUCAGUGCUCCUCUAUGAGGAGAUGCUGAUUACCAUAGCAAUUUAAAUCACAUGUGCACUCUCCUUCACAAAGUUUGAUUAUCUCAGCCAGGGUAGUGGCACAGCUGCACUGAGACUGGCGUGGCAAGGGCUAAAAGGUAAGUAUAUCUUCUUUUGUAAUGCACACGUGUGUAUUCCUAGCACUAUAAUGUUCCUUUAAGUUUAAAAUUCGGUUUUUGUUUUCUGACAAUUCUGACUCUAGUUAAUCUUGUUUGUUUAAUACAUUUUACUGGCCAGCCUUCAUCAUUUAAUAAAUGCAGCUUAUUUAGUCAAGUGGGAAUGCAAAUUUAAUUUCAAAUUUAAAGGGACACUCUAUGCACCCAGAACACUUCAGCUAAUUGAAGUGUUCUGGGUGCUGUGACCCUUUUGCACUGAGUGCUGCAAAGUAAAGCAUUGCAGUUUCAGUGAACUGCAAUGUUUACAUUGCAGCUCUAAGUCUGCCCCUAGUGGCUGUCUGCCAGACAGCCACUGGAAAGCGUUUGCGAAAUCCAAUCAAACUUUUGGUCCAUUAUCUGACACUGGACGUCCUCACGGACCUCCAGCUUCAGAUGAUUUUCCCAAUAGGAAAGCACUUAAUAAUGCUUUCCUAUGGGGAGGUCUAAUGCGCGCACGGCCAUUGCCGCGCAUUCGCAUUAGGUCGCCUCCGUCGGUUGAUGUUGGCGGGGGAGGAGCGUGGGCGUAGCCUGACCCAGCACCAAAGGGACAUUGGUGCUGGAUUCAGGUAAGUGGCUGAAGGGGUUUUAACCCCUUUAGCCCUGCAGGAGGGGGGAGCUAUAAACCCUAUAGUGCCAAGAAAUCGGCUUUGUUUUCCUGGCACUAUAGGAUCCCUUAAAGGCCAGAGUAGCCAAAAAAACUUUGUAGAGCAAAGCAAGCCCAUGUGGGAUCACACUAACUGGCUGAGAGUACUCAACUGACACAUGACAAUCAUCAUUAAUCACAUGAUCUUGAUAACACUCAUGCUUGCCUGCUUAUGUUAGAUAUAGGGCUCACUUUUACCAAACAGGUAAUGGUAAAAGUAUUCAGAGGGAGAUUCCAAUAGUUUCAACAUCAUUAGCUGCUCAUCAGCAGCCAUUAAUUUUUCAACAGUUAUGAAGUAGUAGAACUUAUCCCUUUGUUACCAUAGAAAAAAUAAAAUUUCAGGUACUUUACUGAACUCUGUGAAAUAUAUUUGCUAAUGGCAGAAUUGAAAUCUAAGCGAUAUUCUGUAGCUUACAUGUUUUCUCCUACAAAUUGCAAUUCCAUUGUCAAUUUUCUCCAGUUCCAACUUUUUGUGAAUAUGCCACAUUGACCUUAAUGACAAUUUCAGUAGUGGACACCAGUGCUUCUACUCACAGAAUUCUAUAAUGUUAUUUACUGUAGUCACAGUGUCGUCUUCUGGACAGAUCACCGCUUCAGAAUCGUUGACCUUUGAACGUGCCACCACUGCAGAGGCAUCCGCUAUCCUGUCCGAUAGCCCACCACAGGGGGACGUAUACACUGGUGCAACAGGUAAGAUCUACACUAAAUGGCUAUCGAUACACUUUUUUGACUUUUAUGUAUUCUUUUAUUUGAUUUUUUUUUUUUUAUCUUGCGUUGCAUUUUUCCAUCUAUCUGUUGACUUUCUUCUGAAUGUAUUUAAAAGAGUGGCAGACAUUUGUAGGCACAUUAGGGUUAAUAUUGGAGGUGAGACGUUAAAAGACUAAAUAUAAACCAUGUACAGUGCUUGCAGCUCUUCCACCCAGAGGUGCUAAUUGGCAACAUCAGCAGGAAGGGUUAGCUGUCAGAAAAUACACUUUGUUUCCAUUCACAUCCAGAUUCUAUAAAUGUGACCCACUUUUGUUAUAUAUAUAUUUUUAUCCAUUAAAAGUAUAUUCCUAGAGUACUCCAUAGGCACACCUUCCCACCCCCCUUUCCCCUGAAGUAAGAAAAUAAAUAUAUAUACUGGCCGUAAGUGGUGGCCACAACAUGACUGGCACGCCGUAGGAAAUAAGUCAUUAUUUCCUAUGCCGUGCCAGUAUCGUUGUGGCCACCACGCAGACUCAGGCUAAUCUACUGAUAAUCUCUGGCAAUCCACUGAUUUCCCACAGGAAAGCUUUUAGGGCCAGUGGGCACGCGCGGCACUCUGAGCACUGCUCUAGUCAGCAUCACCUUCAAGCAGUGGCGGAUCCAGAGCCUGAUCUCGGGAGGGGCACUUGUAGAUUAUUUAAAGAAAUAAUCCAGACACAAUAACCACUACAGCUCAGUGUAGUGGUUAUGGUGUCAAUAGUGCCGGGACCCCCUCCCACAGUAAGUAGUCAAACCGUUUAAAACAGUUUGACAACUUACCUGAGAUCUGCUGGGAAAUGGGGCUGUAGUAGGGCAUAGGAGCAGUGGUGUGUGUGAGUGGUGCUAUGUGUAAGGGGUGCAGUGUGUGUGUGAAGGUUGUAGUGUGUGAGUGAGGGCGGCAGUGUAUGUCAGGGAUUCAGUGUAUGUGUGUGUAUGGGGGGCAGUGUGUGUGUAUGGGGGGCAGUGUGUGUGUAUGGGGGGGCAGUGUGUGUGUGUAUGGGUGGGCAGUGUGUGUGUGUGUGUAUGGGGAAGCAAUGUGUGUGUGUAUGGGGGAGCAAUGUGUGUAUGUGGGGGCAGUUUGUGUGUGUAUGGCGGGCAGUUUGUGUGUGUAUGGGGGGCAGUGUGUAUAUGUGGGGCAGUAUGUAUGUAUGUGGGGCAGUGUGUGUGUGUGUAUGUGGGGGCAGUGUGUGUGUAUGUGGGGGCAGUGUGUGUGUAUGGGGGCAGUGUGGGGGGCAGUGUGUGUGUGUGUGUGUAUGUGUGUGUGGGGCAGUGUGUGUGUAUGGGGGGCAGUGUGUGUGUAUGGGGCAGUGUGUGUGCAUGGGGGGCAGUGUGUGUGUAUGGGGGGGCAGUGUGUGUGUGUAUGGGGGGCAUGUGUGUGUGUGUGUGUAUGGGGGCAGUGUGUGUGUAUGGGGGCAGCAAUGUGUGUAUGUGGGGGCAGUUUGUGUGAAAUGGGGGGCAGUUUGUGUGUGUAUGGGGGGCAGUGAAUGGGGGCAGUUUGUGUGAAUGGGGGGCAAGUGGGGUUUCUAAUGGGGGGUAUGUGUGUAUGGGGGGCAGCAUGUGCAUGUGUGUGGGGGGGCAUAGGGGCAGUUUGUGUGUAUGGGGAGGGCAGUUUGUGUGAAUGGGGAGGGCAGUUUGUGUGAAUGGGGAGGGCAGUUUGUGUGAAUGGGGGGGCAGUUUGUGUGACUGGGGGGGCAGUUUGUGUGACUGGGGGGGCAGUUUGUGUGUAUUGGGGGGGCAGUAUUGGGGGCAAUAUAUAUGUGUGUGUGUGGAUUUUUUUAAUUAUAUAUAUAUAUAUUUUUUUUAUUUAAUUAAAAUAAAUAUUAUCCUAUGUCCCCCCUCCCUUCUUACCUUUACUGGGGAGGAGGGGGGACAUACGAUCCCUGGUGGUCCCAGUGGUGAUUCCCUGGUGGUCCCAGUGGUUACAGUGAACUCUAGCCCGCGCUCCCGGGCUAGAGUUCACUCUCGCGAGAUUUGGAGCGUUGCCGUGGUAACCGCGGCAACGCUUCAAAUCUCACGAGAGGAGGACCCGGAGGAGCUGCAGCCUGAGCUCCGGGUCCUCCCUCUCACUCCCUCCCUCCCCUGCCGGCUGUCAGCACAGUGCCUGCGGACCGGGUAGGGAGAUCUGUGAUCUCCCCUCCGGUCCGCAGGCACAUUGCAGGGCUGGCAGGGGAGGGAGACCGGCGGAAUUCUCGGGGGGGGCAAUUGCCCCGUUGCCCCCCCCCUGGAUCCGCCACUGCCUUCAAGCGAUGCAUUAACUCAAUUCAUCUCUUUGGUGAGGCUUUGUUUGGGUGGAGAUGCUAAAUAACUGUCCUGCAAUCUUUGCAAGAUCUCAUCCAGGAAUUCCUUUUAUUAUUAUUAUUAUUUAUAUAGCAGUAUCUGAGUGACAGCCACUAGAGGUGGUGUUAGGCAGCAGAGUAAACACUGCUGAGGCUGCGGAGACAAUCUCUGUGACCCAGAACCAAUACACUAAGCUGUAGGGUUUUUGUUUUACCAAGACUAGAGUGUUUAAAUAAACCCUUUAUUUUAGUGCAUUAUGAAGAAAAUAUGCAUAACGCUUUAUAAUAUACCUAAUUUGCUGCACACAUUCAGUUUCUGUAGACGCCAGGAAGUGGCAGGGUUUUCUGAACUGACCUUGGUCCUUUCACUGUUGUCAGUGGGGAUCCUAUGACUAACCCAUAACAUCUACACUACCGAUAUUAAUGGGAAAUGUAGAAAAGCCAUUUCAUUUAUGAACCAACGUAUGUGAAACUCCUUAGCAAACCAAUAUCAACCGCCAUGUUUUUUUAUUUUAAAUUAUGGAGUAACUUGCUUCAGGAUUUUGUUGGUUUUGGAUGAAUGGAGCUACUUACAGCUCCUGUAGAUGCCCUCCUAAAAAUAUAGAGCACAUAGAAAUUUGACAUCUAUAGCAAGCUAGUGCUGUACUCAAACAUAUGUUUUCAGUAAUCUUUCCAGUAUGUUGUAGUAUGUGUUGGGCCAUGGGCCUAUAGCUACAGAUAUUUUGGCAAAUUACUGCAGCUGUAAUACUCUGGAUAAAGGGAGAGAAGAGCAAAGGCUUGUAGAACCAUAACAUUGUGAAAGGCACAUGGGGUGCAGUGGGUAAUAUAGCAUACGUAGACAUGGUGGGAUUGUGUUGUUCUACAGGUUUUUAUUACGUAAAGAAACCCAAACAUAUUUUCCCCAAACCAUACCAAGGAACAGGCUCUAGUUUAUGGGAUUAUUAGAGGGUUUUUAUUUUAUAAACCGUAUACACUGUUCUGCACAUUCACGUUAAUUAUAUAGUAUACACCGAUUUGAUGAACCCCUGUAUAUAAGUAUUUAUUGUUUUGAUCAUUUUCAGAAGUGUAUUUGGAUGAAUGUUGGUAUUAAUGUUCUAAACUAGCACAGCACUACUUGUGGCGUGGCGUGUUUUCUGCUGAUUUUAAGUUUUGCCCUUUAUCUAGCACCCAUAGGAAGCGUCUUGCACUUUACGUUAUUAUACUUAGUGGGUUACCAUACAAGUUUAGCCAUUUAUUUCUCGAAAUAGCUUAGCAUUUUGUCUUUUACAACAUAAUUUCAGUGGGGGAAAAAAAAUAUUAUUGAGUUUAUUGAAGAAAAAUAAAGUAAUUUAGUUUAAAACUUUAUCAAUACCAUCCACCUGUCUUUUCCCAUCCGUGUACCUUGUGUCAAUGUAUCUGUCUUUCUUCCACCUGUGCUAACCCAGGCCGACAUUAUACCUGUUUUCUCCUUGAUUUUCUAGUUACUCCUUCUAUUUAUUUAUUUUUGGACUUGAGACCGUACACCGAGAGGUAUAAUUAAACGCUUCUCUCUCUUCUCUCCAUACCUCCUUCUUGGUAUCUCUAGCUGUCCAUGAAGUAUUAACAUCUCUCCCAGCAUUGGCUCUUGCACCCAGCACUCCAACAAAAGAGUCUUCUCACGGUGGAGUUAAUGGACUGGAGGUGUCGGAACAACAAAGACAUUGGUUGUACCUGGAGGAAAUGGUUAACUCGCUGAUUAGUACUGCUCAGCAACUAAAAACCUACCUGGAACAAGCAAAGAGUGAGGCUGCUGUAGAAAGGAAAGAAGUAAGAAAAAAUAUAAACUAGUGAUGAUCUUUAGCGUUUUUGUACAUGUUUUGGACACAUUGAAACCAAACUCUACUGUAUGUUUCCACUCUAUAUUAUGAAUCGAGAGCAGGUCCUGUAUUCUCCAGAACAGAAAUCUAAAGUACAUACAGUUUGUAGCAAUAGAUAAUUCACAACAAUAAAAUAUUAUUAUAUUGUACAUCAACUUCACUGAUCACAACACAGCCACCCCAGGGUACCAGAAGCAGUACAAGUUAUAAUAAUGUGGUAUUUUUGAAAAAAAAAUUUAAUUGCUCCUAAAUUGUUGUUAAAUAUUAGAUUAAAAUUUGCAGACUCAGAAACAAAAACACGUAAGUAUAGCUAUAAAAUUGACUGGAUCUACAUGUGUACAUAAGGAGAAUUGAAUUGAUUGACCAUCCCCCAUUGUGUUUCAUUAGUAAGGGGAAAAUGUUUUAACCCUUUUGCAGUGUGCUGUUCAAUUCAAUAAUAGUCCCCUCCUCUCCACACUCACGACACAGGUCAUUGAGAUGAUCUGUAAUUAAAUCCUUAAUCUUCUUAAGAGACAGGUCCCAUUGCAUCUGAAACCUGGCAUUAAAUCCUUAGUGACUGGACUGCAUAAAAGUGUUAGGUCCACUUAGAGCUAAAGUUAAAGUUCCAGUUUGUCACUGUUUUCGUAUUACAGCCAUUUACAUGUUCUAGACUGGGAUUUCUCACCGCUGGUGAGAGUCUAAUUGUGUAACACAAUAAACACACAAUGAGUAAAUGUGAUCUUGUGAUGCACCAUAGAAGUUCAAUGUCCCAAAUUGAUGCAAUUGUUACAAAGUGUCCAAUUUAUUCUCCUCCCUUACCUGGCUCUUACAAUGUGAUAUUAAACGCUGUGCACUAUAAAUCAUUAAUACGGUCUCACUCUCAGGGUUAUUAACUAAAAUGAGAAUUCAAAGUGAAUUCCAAAUUCAAUGUUCUAAUAGAUGAUCUAAAAGCAUUCUCGAAGUCCGCUUUGCUUACCGUUUAGCUACUUUAGUCUUAUAUUUGAAAUUCACUUUGAAUUCUUCCUUUAGUGAAUAAGCCCUGUUUGUAUAUUUGGGUAUGCCUGCUGUAAUGUCAGAUUGAACUCACUUGAUACUUAAUAGUACCUUGUGGGGUAUAUUGGACGGGGUUUAAAGUAGUCAAGCCACAGUUUCAUUUCAUAAUAUAAUACUGGUAGGCAGGAAAUGGUACAUUGCAGGGAAUUUAAAUGUGCAAUAAUUUGAUUUCAAACUACUGGCCAAUAUGCUAACUCCCUGUACGGUUUUACUUUCUAACCUUUUUUUGGCCUUUGUUCAAGUGACUUAACAUGUAAUCCUUUUAAAAUAAUGCAAUGAUGUUAAGAUGGCAUUGAACAAGCGGAAGUUGCUGGAUACAAUUAUCCUUGAUUUUACAAAGGUCUUUCUGAAGCUCAAAGUCAGUUACAGGUGAUCGUUCCCUGUAAUGGUUUCAUGUGAUCAGACCCACUUUAUCAUCAGUGUUUCCACCUCACUCCCAUUUAAAGGAAUACUAUAAUGUAUAAAUGCAGUAUUUAUAGAGCUAUGACUGCAAGGACACGCUAUAGACUCCAGAAACAUUACAUUAAGCUCUAUUUGUUCUGGUGACUAUAGUGUCCCUUUUAAUGUCCUUCUCACUCCUUGUUACAAGGAGUAUCCAUCCAUCCAUGAAAGUAUUAUUUUAACAAAAAAAACACAUAUACACAUUGUAUUCCACAGUGGAAUAUGUUGUUACUUGAUAAGUAAACUAAUUAUAUAAUUUGUUUCUCCCUAUAGUUUCACAGUCAUUUGUUCCAGCAAACAGAAGAAAUGGAUGGAAAGCAUGAAAUUCUCCUUAGGGUAAGCAUUGCAGCACUUGAUUUAUUUAGUUUGAAAAAUUGAAACAAUAUCUAUUGUACUUAUGGCUAAGAAACAACCAGAUUGUAGUUGUAGUAUAUAAUAUGUUGUCUUUUUUUUUUCUUUUUUUUCUGUCUCUCUUUUAGAAUGUCUCAAGUGAGUAAUAGUUUCCAUCGUGAUACAUUCUCUCUACUCACGAGAUAAUUAAUUUAAUCUCUGACAGAACACACAUAUAUUAGCUUUUUACGUAAAUGAUUGUGUGUAACAUACGUUCACACACAGAGAGGUCUUAAAGCUGGGAGGUGACACAGGAUUAUGAAUGCAGUGUCCCAGCUCGAUCACACCGCAACACACACCUCCCUCCCCUCUCACUCUACAUAUCAUUACCUUGCUAUUUUAAGUCCUCUUCCUUCUCACUGUUCACACUCUCUCCAGCACCUCCUGCGUUCUGUAUUCUAGGCUUCACUUCCUCCCCAACCCCCAUGUUCAUUGAGUCAGCUCCCUUGAAUGCUCAUCAAGAUGCGCUUCAGUCUUUCAAAAACUAUCCUCUCUGCGUUUUCUUAAUUUUUUCUUUGUUUCUCAGAUUAGACACUUGUUAUCACCUUUUCUCCUACCGUAUAAUGAGCCAUGUAUUCCACGUGGUAUUACAAUUCUUCUCCCUUGCCUGUAUCUUGAUAUUUAGUACAUGCAGUUUGUUCCUAAUAUGGGAUACAACAAAUUCAGAGAUUACAAACUGAUUGUUUUGUGAGGACACAUUUUGUUCCACACUCAAAUCAGGCACACUAGCUCUUCCUUUGAAUUUAACUCGGUUAAUCUUUUCAUGCAAGCUUCACGCGCUAUAAUAGGAAGGUGAGAAUUGUAGUCUAUCAUUGUGAGGCCGCUGCAGACAGCCUUAUUGUAAACAAAGUGCCUGUAAUAAUGAAACAUAGAUUGUGUGAUAUACACAGUAUUUGUAUUUAACAAAGAAUGCUUCAUUUAAUAUAGUCUGACAGAAAAGUAUAUGGGGUUGUGUUAGAGUUAUAAAAAAAAAUUUGGUUUGCUUCCUAGUAUAACUUGAUGCUAAAUUAUGUUUCUGGAUGGAGUGAAACUGAAACUGCUUUAUAGACGGCUAUAUAAACUACUAUUUACUAAAAGACGCCAUGGCUUCAUAGGCAGAAAAGUCAGUUUUUUGGGGGGUUUUUUUGCAGACAACAAAUGCCACACUUAGUGACACCAGGCAUAUGGUCUCACUAAGUGAUUGGUGAGUGUUAAAAUAACUUUAUCAGUGCUGUGCGCUCUGUUCUUUGGCACCGAAAGAUUUAAAUACUCUGGCAAGAUAUUCAAGUUUUCUUUCUUUGAAAAGGAGAAAAUUGUAUACAGACACAACUUCAAAAAAGGAAACUGCAGGAAAAAAAAAGGCUGUUAAAAAAUAUAUCAAAACAAAAUAAUACAUAUAAAUGUUCAUGCUGAUCAAAUUUUUAAAAAAUAAUGCACAGAAGAAAAAUAUAUAUAAAAUCUAAAUUAAUAUUUUUCUUCUAUGCAUUAUUUAAAAAAAAUGUGAUACCAAUUUUGGAGAUCAGAGGUGGAAACACUUGGCCAUCAAAGCUUGCGGUCCUUCAAACUAUGAACCACGUGACUGAUCAUAAGCUGGUCUUGUGGUUAAAUAAGGGCCAGAGGGCAUGGGAACCCUGUGGGCCUAAUGGUAUAUGGACCAGGAGGCUCAGCUAGUUCCUUGGAAUCCCCCACAUCGAGCAUUAAUUAUAUUGUAUUCCUCCAGACAGGCCUGGGGAUUGCAGGGAUGGGUAGAAACCUAAAUGGUUAUGUUUACCCUCCACCCCAUGACACAAAUGGUGGAGGAAGGCCAUUAAUCAGGGCAUUCUUGCAGACUAAUUUGUUUGAAGUUGCACUAAGCAAUUCUAAGCGAAUUUCAAAUGAAAGGCCAGAGUAGCCAAACUGAAAGCAUUGCUGACUUAGAGAAUUUUUCCAGUUCAGCUGUUUUUGACCUAAAAUUUGAAAUUAACUUUAAAUUCUCACUUUCUUUCUCUCUUUCAUUAUUUUUUUUUUUUUUUAAUUCUUUAUUUUUGGUUGUGCAAGGAUACAGAACAUCGUAUGAUACCAUAACAGCAUACAUGUGCACUAUUAAAUACAUUGAAUCACAAACAAAGCAUUGAAAGAGCUGCACCCCUUGGAGGCGCGAGCAGUAUCGACCAGCGAAUAGAGGUGUCAGGGGUAUGACCACUUACAGCCUCAAAUUCGGAUAACACCCUAGGACCCCCUGCCUCACCCCAGUGACGUGGCUACCCACUACGGACCGUGUGCUAAAUACUCCUUAUUGUCUGUACCAAUCUCCUGGGGUCGUCCUCUUGUGGGAGGGCUGAGUGGUCCCCGGUGGAAGGCGUCUCCUGCCGGGUGUUGAGGGUCGGUUUACUUGUCGUUUAGGUUUCCCUAACACCUCAGGUGGGGUUUGGCAGUGAAUUUGUUAUGUGUCUGCUUGGGUGGGUCGUCAAUUUAUCAGACGGUUUCCCGUGUAUUUAUCAGUCGCAUGGUCUGCUCAAGCCCUGGUGCCUGUAGCUUGGGCGGCUAAUUCCAACCAUGAACUGGUCAUCUAAGGGGUUUAGUUAGUGUCUCCUUGUCCGGUGGGUUUCUCUCUACGGGUCGCUACUUGCCUACAUUGGGUAAUGUCAAGAAGGGCAGGUUGUAACCCGGAAUUAGGGGUAUUGUGCAAACCAUUCGUGGUUGGAGUUCUAUCCUGCCAGCAGCUGUUUUGUCUCAGAGAAGCUUCCCCAUGUCGCGUGCUAUGGCACGCGCAAGGAGUAGCCGUAGCUAAGUAAGUGGGGGUACCAUAUUCCUAUUGGGCACGGGGGGCCCUCCUGCUUGCCCACUGGCUCCCUUUACGGUUGGGUUCUUGCUAACACCUGCGUUUCUACUAUUCCCCUCUCGCUCUCCAUUAUGUUGACCUUCAGAUACCGGAACCAAGCACCGCAGCCCAACCUCAGUGUCUUUCAUUAUUUUUAAUUCUUUAUUUAAUCAUAGGCAGUGGGUAACACAAAUAACAGUAAUAACAGUUGACAAAAGUGCAAAAUCUAUCAACAUGGUAUGCAGUAUAGGAUUACAAAAUAUAACAAUAUUUGUUUACUGUAAAGAACAAGGCCUAAGGUGGUUGUUGAACAGAAGAGCAUGAAUAUUGGCCUGCUGUAGGUCCACAUAGUAUAGUUUAGGCCGAAUCGUAAUCCGCUGUUGAGUAAAUAAAAGCAUAAAGCUUUGACAUAUCAUACACAAGUUAAAGCACAAUAUAAACAGCAAAGUAAUGAGAGUAAUUUGUAGUUUGGAAUUCUCACUUUUGUUAUUAACCCUGCUACAGUUUUAAGUUGCAAUGGAAGUGCAGCCUCAGCGACAGAUUUUAUCAACAGCAUGGAUAACGUCUGGGCACAACUAAUUCAUUAACUCGGCUUCUACACCAACUACACCAGAUUGCCGUGUGUUACAAAUGUAUACCUUAUUCAAUAGUAGCUUUGGAAAGAGGGUAUGUCUUGUUGUAUGAAAAUGUUCUCACACAAGGAAAUUCAAAGUAAUAUUCAAUUUCAAAAUUUACGCCAGUUAAGUUAGAAAAAAAAAAGUCAGUUCUGUUUUUUGAUUGUUUAUUUUGGCAUUGAGUUUGAAAUUUACUUUUAAUUCCUGUUCAUUCUCUUUUUAGUUAUUAGCCCUGAGUAUGUAUUAUUAUAACAGAAAUUAUGAACAGUGUUUGUCAACCAUAUCCAACAGGGCAGGUUCUCGGAAACUACUCACGUAGGCGCAAGAAACCACUAUGAAUGUUAAACUGUUGCGUGAGAGCUGACCUUGAAACAUUCUGUUUUCUAGCAAAGUGUGACAUAAGCAUUAAUGUAUCACAAAACAUGAGACCUGUCAAACUCACUGCACUGUGAGAGACAUGAUAAAUUCUCCUUUUUAUUUUGCAGUGAGAAACCUAUACAGGAUCCUAGUAGGGUUAAUGGUCCUUUACUGCACUAAACCAUGCAGUUUGGGUGAUUUCCAGUUUUUUUUUUUUUUACAGGGUUAUUAACUAAAGUGAGAAUUCAAAGUGAAUAAAAACAUGCACUAAAACUCCCACUACUCCUAGGUGGCACAAUGACUGUAGUACACAUCAGCCCCAAUACAUACAAUAAAAACCAUACAAUAAAGACAAUGAAUAGAAAAAAGUUACUUGCGCACUAUCCCACUAUGCACAUUUACAUUUUUUAAGUAUCACUCCUUGAGGUGGCAGGUGAGCUUACACUUCAAUGGCCAUUGGAGUGAUUCUAAAAACCUCCAGUUAUUUCAAUGUGCAUAGGGGUUUGCGAUAGUGCGCAAGUAACCUUUUUUAAUUUGGUUUUUAUUGUAUGAAUUCAAUGUAAAUUUCCGAUUUAAGGCCAAAGUAAAAGCAACUUAUAAACAUUUUUCAAGUCAGCUAUUUUGGCCUCUAUUUAAUAUUCUCACUUUAGGUGAAUAACCACAUAUGUACAACUUAUGUUGAAUGUCAAUUUAGACUCUGCACUGGCCUGUCUAACACUUCUGUUCUUCUCUGUUCUUUGUUUAGCAGUCCUGUGUUAAUUGUGGCAGAGAGGCCCUAAAUGAAUGUACUGGCUGUCACAAGGUGAAUUACUGCUCCAUCUUCUGCCAGAGAAAGGUAUGGAUUAUGGUAUAGUAUGAUUACACCACUGUCCAAGCGAAGAGAUCAGCUCCUCCAUCUUUGAACCCCUUCAUAUUGGCUGUUUGUCUGUAUUGUGAAAUUGGAAUUUUUAUAGUUUAUAGUAAAUUAAACAUUCAAACUGCCUGUCAUCAAAUGAAAUGUCAUGUACAGCACCCUCUACUGUUUGAAAGGCUCUAAUAUAUUAGACUUGAUCUGAAUAUUUUAUCCUUGUUAUAUAGCUGUACAUAAAUAUAGACCGAGUAAGUCUUGGCGUGGCCAUUAACAUCGAUCUGCACAAGUCACAAUACAGGAGAAAUUGAUUUACUCUUUCGUGAUUUGUUAUGACAGGAUGGAAACAAAGUGAUUGUGGAAAAAUUAUAUUCCAUGAUAAAUACAGCUCAGACUAACUACAAACUGAAGGCUAACAGCCCUUAACCCUCUCCACUGCCCUCCCGUUCCAAUAUAACGCAACUCUGAAUGGAUCACUUGGAGAACAAGGGUUGCUCCCAUGACAGUUCCUCAAACUCCAAAAGGCUUCUCCUAUUUUCGCCCCUACUAUCUUCUGGUGGUCUUCUAAAAGCUAGCAGUGAUCCCUCUAUAGUCAUUAAUCAUUCACACCAACAUAGAGUUCUAAAAUGCGUAGCCCGACUAACCAUUAGGUAACUUAAUCCUGAAGAUAAUUGGUUCCAUUUACCGUCUCUAUACUGAGAUUGAAAUGACGACAAACUGGUAGCCUACUUAGGGACCUAUGGGUUCUUUAGGUGUCUUUCUGUUCUGUUAUCCCCAGUAAUUCUAUCAAUAGUCUAAGCCAUGGGUCCUCAAACUCUGGCCCCCCGGAUGUUGUUGAACUACAACUCCCAUGAUUCUUUGAAUUACAUAGAUAGCCAGAGAAUCAUGGGAGUUGUAGUUCAGCAAUAUCUGGGGGGCCGGAGUUUGAGGACCCAUGGUCUAAGCAGUUACCCGACUACUAUAUUUCACUGACCCAGAACUAGUGCAGAAACAAAAUGUAAAGACCCUUUACCAGCUCCUAUCAAUAAUAUUUGAGGGUUGUUUAUUUUAUUGCAAUCUUCUGAGAGCUUGCUCUCAGCAGAACCUGAAGACUUGUGACUUAUUGUAAGUAGAACUUUCAGUCUGGUAAUAAUACUUAGUUAUUUUCUUUUUUAGGACUGGAAAGAUCAUCAGCACUUGUGUGGGCAGGCAUCCACCCUUUCAGUCCAUGCUGAGGAUGUCCAUGUAACAGAUAAAGACCCUGUUUGAUGAUGUCGGUUACCAUGUCAUAUUGAAUAUACAAGUUAUAUUUCUGCUUGGUGACGUUUGGGAAAGAGCCUAGUAUCAUAACGAGCGGAUGUCUAAAAAUGUUCUUACAUUUGAUGUAAACUGGAGAGCAUAUUUACUAAUGUUCCACAUUGUCAAGUUUGAAGAGACCGAGAACUUUAACUCUUGCCAAAAAAAAAAAAAACAUGGAUUCCUAAUGCAUUCUAUCAUAAUGACAUUCUUAAUGGAAAGGUGUUUAUAGUGCAAUAGUGUUUUUAUAUAUAAUAUAAAAUAAUUUAAAAAGACUUAAUGAGCCAAAGAAAGCAGAAUAUCAAACUUCAAGUCUCCACUGAAAUCUUUUUUUUCAUACAAAUUUAAUGCAUUUAUUAAACCUGUUUAGGACAAAAUGUUACACUUUGUGAUAAUCACAAAUGGUCCUUAAAGUCUUUUUGCAACAUGAAAUUUCCUGCUUUUAACUUUGACAGCACUGCCCCACCGCAGUCAUUAAUUCUGUGUGGUUAUUCCAUUUUUGGAAUGUGGUUCUUAAAGAACAAAUUGGUAUGACAACAUAGACUGUUGGAUGCUUUAACAGUAAAGCAGAUAUUGCAAGUGCAGUAUUUUUUCAUUUGUUUAUUUUAAUAUAUAUAUAUAUAUGUGUAUCAAAUAUUUUAUAAACCGUGAACUGAAAGAUGAAUUUAUUCUGAAUGUAUUACAUGUAUGCCAAAAUAAGGUUAGUUAUAUAGAUGUGUUGGGUAUUUUCCCAACGCUCACAAAUAGAAAAUGGCAGUGUGCUGGGUCAGUUCAUGGAUACUUCAUAUAUUGAGAAAGCUUCAUACAAUGCCAUCCAGGUAAACACAGGAAAUAACAAAUAUGGUCUGAGAAUAAAGUUAUAUCUGUCACUUCUUCUUUAAUGAGUUAAUAUUUGAUUUGUACUCACAAACAUUUCUGUAAUUGAGCAUGUGUCCAUUUUCAUAGCAAACCCAGGAAACUUACAUUUAGCCAGCUAUGACAUGCGUGUGAAUUUAUGAUUCACUGAGCUUUGAAAUCCCUGGAUUCUAGAGUUUACUAACGAGUUGGUUUCCAUAGAUGGAGUGUUGGCCCUAAAGUGGAUCUGUAAUGAUUUCUGCUUUUAGCAUACUAAAAAUCUGUCAUUAUGUAUUUUAUAAAUUAAGGGUUUUUUUCCCCACAAAUUUUUUUUUUUUAAUUAUUGUUAUGGAAAAGUGUGGCCUUUAUUUCAUGUUAUAAACAUCACGGUGUUAAUUGGUCACUACGAACUUUAUUGAUGACUGAGGUCAGUCAAGUUACACAAAGUGAUCUGUGAGGAAAAAAUGAGAGUGUAAAUGGGCACUAUAGGGUCAUGAACACAUACGUGUAUUUCUGACACCAUAGUUCUAAAACUACAGUUUCAGUGGUCAGCCCCCCUUACCUGCCCCCAAUUCACCUCGAAGCAUUGAAUUAGCUGAGAUAAUCAAUGCUGAUGAUCUCAGCCAAGGAGGCUGGAGGGCAUGGGGGGAAAAGAGCCAAAGGCCACCCUGGCCAAUCAGCAUCUCUUUAUAGACAAGGAAAUUAUUGGGAAAGUUCAGCAUCCCCAUGCAGAGUGUGGAGAUACUGAAUGUCAAUGCUGCACACUUUAAUAAACUGCUAUGUUUAUUAAAAAAAAAAGGGUUAAUCCUAGCUGGACCUGGCACCCAGACCACUUCAUGAAGCUGAAGUGGUCUGGGUGCCUAGAGUGGUCCUUUAAGCUGUAGUUGUUCUGGUGACUAUAGUGUCCCUUUAAGCAUUGAGAAUUAACAUUCAGUUUAAACUUCAUAGACCGUUAUCAGAAAGAAUACUCAGAAGGCUAAACAUUCAUUUCCACCCUCUCUCAUUACUUAUUAUAAAAUAUUUGUACAAUAUUCAUUAUAUUCUAUCUACUUUGCCUCAUCAAUAAUUUUAAACCGGGACACAUUUUGAAAAUACAAAAAUCAAAUCAAAAGAACAUGACCAUAUUUUGAUAAAUAAUUUUAUGCUAAAACAGUGGCUAGAUCUGUUUCACCCUCACUUGUAAAUGCUGCAUAAUGAAAUAUUCUCCAGAUUCAUGCCUAGCUAUGUCUUGGGCCGAUGCUGUGCCCCAUUGCUAUCGAAUUUCUCUUCUUGCCUACUUUGUGAGGACAAUAUCCCUGUGAGAUAUAAUUUAAUAUUCCGAAAGGUUAUGUGCCGGUCAGCUGUAAUUAUUAUAAAUUUUUCGUAUUUAUAUAGCUCAAGAUAUUACACAGCACUGUACUAUUUAGGGGAUACAAAGAAAAAAAACACAGCCAUAUCCGUACAAAAGCAACAAAGGAUGUAAAAUGUUCUUCCAUUAAUUACCCUUUGCUUAUUGUGUGUACACUGCUCAUUAUGGAUUUAGUUGUUGAUUAAUUUUACUUGGUCAGAAAUAUUG